AUGGAAAUUAAAAAAGAUAAAAAUGUAUUAAAUAAAGUAAAUGGAUUUAUGGAUAAGGUUUAUGAUACACCUGAAAUUUUUGUUGGUUCAACAAACAAGGUUAAAGAUUCAAUGACUGAUAUCAUGUCCAACCUUUACCAAUUAGCCAAGAAGAACGAAACUAUUGUUACAGAAACAGAGACAGAUGCUUUAGAAUCAUUGGUUACAAAAGAUUUCGAUAGUGAACAAAUUUGGGCACAAAUUCAAUUAUACAAUGAUCCAGUUUUAUCAGAAUUAGAAUCAAAAAUCAAUGGUUUUGUAAAAUCAAAAGAAAAUAUAGAAAUUUUAAGUCAAUCAAAUAAAAAGAGUAAUAAAAGAAGUAUUCAAUAUGAUGAAGAUUUAGAGGAUGACUAUCAAGACAGCGAAUUAGAUACCGACGAAGGUUUAGAUGGUGAAGAAGAUUUAGAUGGUGAUGAAGAUUUAGAAGAUGAUGAAGAUUUACAAGACGAUGAAAAUUUAGAUGAUGACGACGAUGAUUUACAAGAUGAUGAAGAUUUAGAAGAUGAAGAUGAAGAUGCUCAAGAUUUAGAAGAGGAAGAUAGUUUAGAUGAAGGUAUAGAUUCAGAUUCAACAAAAUCAUCAAAAUCAUCAAAAUCAUCAAAAUCAACCAAAUCAAUAACUAAAAAUAAUAAUAAAAAGAAUAAUAAUAAAAAUAUAGACUUUUUUGAUGCCAAAGAAAUGGAAAAGUUUUUAGAUGAUGAAGAUGAUAAUGAAUAUCAAAGAAGAGAAGAUGAAGAUAAAGAUGAUGAAGAUGAUUUCGAAGGUGAUUCAGAAGAGGAAGACGGUGGUUUAGAUUUACCAGAUGCCGAAUUAGAUGAUGAAGAAAGAGAAUUAGAUGCACUUUUAGAUAAAUAUAUGGAACAAAAUGAAAUGGAACAAGGAGAAUCAUCAAAUAAAAAAUCAAAUAAAAAAAAUAAAGCUAAAGAUGUUGCAGAUAUGAAAUUUGAUGACUUUUUUGCUGACCCAGACGAACAAGAUGAAGAUAACGAAGAUGACUUUGGUUUAGAUCACGAAGACGAGGAAGAAGAAUAUCAAGAUGAUGAAGAUGAAGAGCAAGAUCAAUUAAGUGCAGAAGAAGAUGGUGAAGAAGUUGAUGAAAAAGUUGAAUCUGAACCAGAAGAAGCAACAUUACCAGAGGAAGAAUUAUCAGCAUUCCAAAAGAAAGCAUCAAGAAUUCAAGAAAGAAUUAAAAAACUUGAACAAGAAAAUUUAAAGAAAAAAGAUUGGACCAUGAUUGGUGAAACCUCAGCAAAAGAACGUCCUUCAGACUCAUUACUUGGUGAAAGCUUAGAUUAUGAACAUACACAAAGAGCAGCCCCAAAUGUUACCGAAGAAACCAAUAAAUCAAUUGAAGAUAUAAUUAAAAAGAGAAUUUUAGAAAAGAAUUUUGAUGAUGUAAUUAGAAAAACAGAAAAAGAAUUUAAAGACAAUUAUAAGAAAAAAGUAGAAAUUAGCGAUGAAAAGAGUCAAGAGGGUUUGGGUGAUAUUUAUGAAAAAACUUAUAUGAAACAAGUUUUAGGUGUCGAAGAAACUGACGAAUUAAAACAAAAACAUAUUAAAAUUUUCGAAUUAUUUAAUAAAUUAUGUUAUAAAUUAGAUUCAUUAACCAAUUUCCAAUAUACACCAAAGAUGAUCAAAAACAAAGAGCUCAAUAUUACUACAGCAAGUGCAGUUACUAUGGAAGAAAAAGUACCAGUUGCAACAAGUACCUCAACUAUGAUUGCACCAGAAGAAGUAUACUUUAAAAAGAAUGCAGAUGAAAAAGGUGAUAGCGAAAAGACUAAAGAAGAUCGUGUUAAAGAAAGAAAACAAAUUAAAAAGACCUGGAAAAAUGAAAAAGAAGAAAAAGAAGCUGAAGAAAGACACAAAGAAAAGGUUGAUCCAAACUAUGCUAAAAGAAAUACUGUUGCUAAAGAUAUUGCUCAUCUUAAACAAGCUAAAAAUGUUACCAUUGUCGAUACCUCCAAAUCACAAGUUAAAUCUGGUGAUACAAGAUCAGGUGCAUUUUUCAAAACUAUUCAAACCAGUGAAGAAAAUAGAAAGAAAGGUAUUGAGGAUCCAAAUUCAUUAAAAUCAAAAAAGAAACAAAAAUUUGAUGCUCUUUCUUUCAAAACAAUUUAA